UUCCUCUCUCGGAUUCAGACAUAUGAAAGUGCGCCAGUCGGCCGGACCACGUGAUUGUCUCAAUAAUUAAUGCAGCACGUCCCCCCAGAAACACGGCGUCGUCAUUAAUCGCAAGGACUCUAUCAGACUUGAAGAGAUCCUCCAAGAAAAUAAUAUCCGAGCGAGCGAGCCGCGCACUCUGCAGCACCAGAACCGAACCGAUGGAUGUUUGGGUCGAGGUCGCAGCAGUGAUGAAUGCGUGAGAGACACACAAGAUCUUUGCACAGAUUUCGGUGACAGCCUGGAGGGAAGGUGGGGGAGACCAGUCACGUGAGGACACGCCACCCAUGCUUUUGGAUAUUUGAAUCAGCACCAUGCAGAAAGCAACGUAUUACGACAACACCGGACUCUUUGGAGGCUACACCUACCCCAAACCUGACUCCUACAACUACGGCCCCGCAGCCCAUCAGACCUACCCCGCCCCCUCUAUAGACGCUGAGUACCAGAACUCGGUGUGCCCCAUCCAGACCUCCACGGUCCGACCCCCGAGCCUCAAAGAUGGGGAGAUGAAUGGAGAUUGUAUGAGACAGAGCGGCGGGCAGGGCAACAGCCAGGCGACGGUGGAGCAGCAGCCCCCUCCCCUCUCAGCAUCCUCCCCCAGCGCCAACAGCCCCGGGUCCCAGAAAAAGAAGUCUCCAUCCGGUAGUGGGUCUGGAGCUGCCACGCCGGGCCUGACCAAGCAGAUCUUUCCCUGGAUGAAGGAGACCCGGCAGAACUCCAAGCAGAAGAGCAACAACUGUAGCGCCCCAGCAGGUGAGGUGGCCGACGAGAAGAGCCCGUCCGGACCCGCGUCCAAACGGGUCCGAACCGCAUACACCAGCGCCCAGCUGGUGGAGCUGGAGAAGGAGUUCCACUUCAACCGCUACCUGUGCCGCCCGCGGCGGGUGGAGAUGGCCAACCUGCUGAACCUCACCGAGCGCCAGAUCAAGAUCUGGUUCCAGAACCGCCGGAUGAAAUACAAGAAGGACCAGAAGUCCAAAGGGAUCGCGCACUCGCCCAUGGGACACUCCCCGGACAGAAGCCCACCCCUGAGCGGCUCGGGCCACCUGGGCUACUCGGGUCAGCUCCAGAACAGCCUGGGCUACGACGCGCCGUCGCCUCCUCCCUUCUCCAAGCCGCAGCAGAACAUGUACGGCCUGGCCGCCUACACCGCGCCGCUCGGCGGCUGCCUGCCGCAGCAGAAGCGCUACCCGGGGUCCGAGUACGAGCACCACGGCAUGCAGAGCAACGGCGGCUUCCCGAGCGCCAACUUGCAAGGCAGCCCGGUUUACGUGGGCGGGAAUUUUGUGGAUUCCAUGCCAGCCUCGGGGCCCAUGUUCAACCUUGGCCAUCUCCCUCAUCCUUCAUCCACCAGCGUGGACUACAGCUGCGCGGCCCAGAUCCCAGGGAACCACCACCACGGACCCUGUGACCCGCACCCCACCUACACAGACCUCACCUCUCACCAAGCGUCUCAGGGAAGGAUUCAGGAAGCGCCCAAACUCACGCAUUUGUAACAAGUCUUUGUGCGCGCGUGUGUGCGUGUGUGUGUGCGUGCGUGCGUGGCGCUUUGAUUACCUCACUCGUGUGUACUAUUACGACAGUAUUAUUCUCGAUAUCGAUGUGGUUACUUUGUCAACGACACAGCUU